AUGGAGGCUGCCGGUUACUCUCAGACCGAGGCCGCCCUCGAGCAGCUCAACGCUCCUCCUGAUCGCGCCUACCUGACAGCCAUGGCCGAGGCAGUCACACAAGAGCAGAGCGAUUACAGCGCUCCGCCGCCCCUGAGUCCUACUCAGAAACGGAAACGGGGGGCUCCUGAAUCCUCACCCGCAGAGCCACGGCGUGCCAAACGGGGCGCCCCUGCGGCAACCAUGUCUGGCCAUCCCGAUGCCGACUCUGCGGCGUACGUUGAGAGCGCCGUCGAGGCCGCUCAAGCCGCUGCCGCUGCCAAUGUGAAUGCUGCAGAUUUCACCGCCCUGCAACAGGCUGCAGCAGAUCAUCAUGACCCUGUUGAUCCCGCGCAUGCCUCAAGUACAGCGGCAGCCGCCCUGGGUUCCAUGUAUCCCACUCUUCACGUGCCACCGACGACGGAGGAGACCUUUGCCGCCCAGGUCGCCAGUGAGGAACACCAGUCGUUUGGCGCCAACGACAUGAUGUCAGCAGAUGGACUGCCCGAUGCGGCGGGCUCGGGCGCUGGGCAAGGACCCCAGCCGCCGUCGCAGAACGGUAUUAGAUCCUCCCAGCCACCUUAUGACGGCCAAAAUGCAAGCCCGAAUGUCCCAAAGCCCGCUGUUGGCUCGGAGGAGUGGCACAAGCAACGAAAAGACAACCACAAGGAGGUCGAGCGGAGGCGAAGGGAAACUAUCAAUGAAGGCAUCAAUGAGCUGGCCAAGAUCGUGCCCGGUUCGGAGAAGAACAAGGGCUCUAUUCUGCAGCGGGCCGUCUCAUUUAUCACCCAGCUCAAGCAGAACGAAGCCCAGAACAUUGAAAAGUGGACGCUCGAGAAACUCCUGACGGAGCAGGCCAUUCAGGAGCUCAGCUCGUCCAACGACAAGCUCAAAGCCGAAUGCGAGAGACUCUACCGGGAACUGGACGUGUGGAAGCAGCUGGCGCAGAGCAACGGGUUGCACCCCAAUCAGUCGAAAGAGGAGCCGGGCUCGUCAUGA